AUGCUCUUCCGCCAACUGUUUGGCUCUCUUGCAGCCUUCACAUCCCUUGCCACCGCUGUCGACCUUACCGGGUACGAGUAUGUGGUAGUUGGAUCUGGUGCUGGUGGAGGCCCUCUGGCUGCUCGCCUUGCGCUCGCCGGCCAUAAGACGUUGCUCAUUGAAGCUGGUGACGACCAAGGUGCAAACAUCAACUACACUGUCCCAAGUUUCAACGCUAGAGUGUCGGAAGACCCCAACUUAGCAUGGAACUUCUUCGUCCGUCACUACGCAGACGAAGCCCGUCAGGCGCGUGACUUCAAGACAACGUACACUCUGCCCGAUGGCAGCGAGUAUACUGGGCUCAACCCUCCCGAAGGAGCAGAGAUGAAGGGUGUCCUGUACCCGCGUACUGGCACUCUUGGGGGCUGCACAUCACACAACGCUCUCAUUGCCGUCUACCCCCACCAAUCUGACUUUGACCAUGUCGCUUCUAUUACCGGUGACGAUUCAUGGGCGGCAAGCAACAUGCGCAAGUACUUUGAGAAGCUCGAGAAGAACCAGUAUCUUCUUCCCGGCGCCGAGGGUCACGGAAGGAAGGGCUGGCUCGGAACCGCCUAUGCACCCAUCGACUUUGUGCUUGCGGACCCCCAGCUCGUGAGCAUGAUCAGCGGCGCUGCUUUUGCCCUUGGAAACGAGACAAAUGCCGUUGUCAACCUUGGGACCCUUAUUGCAGGAGACGCCAACUCUGCCUCCCCAGAACGCGAUAGCAAGCCUGGUCUUUUCCAGAUCCCUAUUUCGACCACGGAUGGCAAGCGCACCGGAGCUCGCGAGUUCGUCCUCGCUGUCCGUGACGCCACGUUCAACAAUGGCACCAAGAGGUACCCCCUCGAUAUUAGACUGAAUUGCCAUGUCACAAAGGUCACCUUUGACCAGACCGUCACUCCUCCCCGCGCAACCGGCGUCGAAUUCCUCGACGGCCAAUACCUAUACAAAGCAAGCCCAAAGUCCAAGGGCGCCUCCGGUACGCCCGGCUCAGCAACCGCCUCCCGCGAAGUCAUCGUCGCAGGCGGAACCUACAACUCGCCCCAGCUGCUCAAACUCAGCGGCGUCGGACCAGCUGACGAGCUCGAGAAAUUCGACAUCCCCGUCGUCGUCGACCUCCCUGGCGUUGGCACCAACCUCCAAGACCACUAUGAGACCAACGUACAAGGCAAAGCCCCGCACAACUUCUCCUCCCUCGCCGGCUGCACCUUUGGCGAAUCCACACCAGACCGCUGCCUCGACCGGUGGCAAAAGAAAACAGUACUCGGCAACCGCGGCAUCUACUCCUCCCCUGGCCUCGGCGUAAACAUGUUUUACAAAUCCUCCGCCACCGCCCGCGACGAAUUCGACGUCUUCGUCUUCGGCGGCCCCGUCAACUUCCGCGGCUACUUCCCAGGCUACAGCAUCAACGCCACCCACGACCACGACUGGUUCACCUGGGCCAUUCUCAAAGCCCACCCACGCAACACCGCCGGCACAGUCACCCUGCGCUCCGCCGACCCCCUCGACAUGCCAGACAUCACCUACAACUACUUCGACACGGGCAACGGCGACUUCCAAAAAGACAUCACCGCCAUCACCGAAGCCAUCAACCUCGCCCGCAGCGCUAUAAAGCGCCAACUCGUUCCCAUUGACGAAAUCCUGCCCGGCCCCUCCGUCACCUCACAAGCCGAUAUCGCAGACUACAUCAAGGACCCCACUUGGGGUCCCCACCCCUCCUCUCCCUGUCCUAUGGGCGCUGAUCCCGAUCCCAGGGCUGUGCUUGACUCGCGCUUUCGCGUCAGGGGUACGGCGGGCUUGAGGGUCGUCGAUGCAUCUGUGUUUCCUCGUAUUCCGGGCACAUUUACGGCGGUGUCGACGUAUAUGGUUGCAGAGAAGGCGGCGGAUGUGAUUUUGAGUGAGGUGGAGUAG